CUUGUGUAAAUCAAGAACACUCCCGGAAAAUAGAAAAUUAGUUUUCGGACAGAGACAGAUGUACAUUUAACCACUCUGUCUGCAUCAUAAACCACGCAACCAUGGCUGGGGACGCAGGAGGCCUGCAUUCUCUCGAGAUGUUAAUGUCAGAGUUCUUCAGUCCAGCCACCAGCAACGACAGAAAACGGGAAAUUGAGUUGCUGUUGAACCAGUUCAGCCAGACCAAAGACUGUUGGAAGCAGUGUCUGUUCUUCCUGUCCAACACUAGCAACGAGUUUGUCAUGAUGUACUGCCUUACAGUUCUAGAGAACCUGAUCAACAAGAACUGGCUGGGCAUUCAUGUGGAUGACAAGCGAGACAUUCGUGCCAACCUGAACCAGUACAUGAUGGCUCACCAUGGCAAAGUGCCAACCUUCAUCCGCAACAAACUGGUUAAGCUGGUAGUGGACAUCGGCCGUAUUGAUUGGCCUCACUUCUAUCCAGAGUUCUUCUCUAGUAUACUGCAGCUGGUGCAGCAGGGCGAGACAACCAACCUGGGCCUGAUCCUGCUGCAUACGGCCUCGGAAGAGCUGGCUGUACCGCGGGAGGACAUCGCCAUGGCGCGCAAGGAGGAGCUGCACAGACUGCUGCUACAGCAGGUCCCCGGGAUACUCAGUCUACUCAACAAUGUUCUGGAGGUAGCCCUGGAGCGACACCGUCACCUGGUGUCUGCCACUCCCCCUCCUUCCCCCACCCACGGGGAGAGUGCUGUCGAGCCCAAGUCUUCUACAUCUUCAGUGCAGCUGUUCUCGGCGUCACCUCUCAGAUCAGAUUCGUUGAUGAGUAACCUAUUCAAAUCCCCCAACAGUCACAUACAACUUGAAGCCUUACCUCCCUUGGACUCAGCCACCCAAGAGUUGUGUGCCCUGAGUCUCAACUGCCUCUCCCACCUUUUCAGCUGGAUUCCUCUGUCUUCAUUCAUCACUCCAACUCUGCUGAGCACUAUAUUCCACUUUGCUGGUUUUGGGUGCGAAACCCAAGGCAGCCGUACUAUGAACUCUGGAGCAAAUUUCAACUCCAUGUCGUGCUAUUUAGGAGUUCUGGCAAUGAAUUGUAUCAAUGAACUCUUAGCGAAGAAUUGUGUACCAGCAGAGUUUGAGGAUUUUCUUCUACAGAUGUUUCAGCAGACAUUUUACUUGUUACAAAAACUCACCAAAGAUAGCAGCACUUGUUCUAGUGGUAACAGAUUAUCAGAGUUGGACGAUAGUUACGUGGAUAAGUUCACAGAGUUCCUACGUCUGUUUGUUAGUAUACAUCUACGGAGGUUUGAGUCCAACACCCAUUUCCCUGUGAUAGAAUUCCUCGCACUUCUGUUUAAAUACACCUUCAGACAGCCAACCAAUGAUGGUUUUUACAAUUGUCUGGACAUCUGGUCAACAUUUCUAGACUAUCUGUUCACAAAGGCAAAAGGGCGCCCAUCAGAAAUACAGGCUAUCAUAGACAGGUACAAGGAUGCCCUGAUGUCUCUAGUCAGCCAUAUUCUGCAGAAGCUGCAGUUUAAAUACAACCAGACUCAGUUAGAGGAACUGGACGAUGAAACACUUGACUAUGAUGAGGAGACUGAGUGGCAGCACUUCUUGCGUCACUGCCUGGAGCUGGUGGCCAAAGUGGCUGAGAUACUCACCGCAGAGACCUUCCAGAUACUGUAUACACCCUUUCAAGAGGCAAUGCACAUAUAUUUUGAGUUGGAACGCCAUAUAGCCACGGGCACUGAGAAAAGGCGCCUCAACAUUCGUGGCGAGAAUGACUGUCGCAGGCUGCACUGCUCCCUAAGAGAUCUGUCAUCCCUUCUACAAGGUCUGGGUAGGCUGGCAGACCAUUUUAUUGCAGAGAAAUUCAGAGAACGGUUUUCUGAUGGACAUGUGCUUAUUGAAAGGUUGGUUAACAUGGUAGUCUACGGUAGCAGAGUGAAACUGUUUGAAUUGACAUCUACGGAACAGAGUGUCUUACAGACUGACCUUAUUGAAGUUCAUGCCCAAGCCCUUGCAGCCAUCAAGCCGUUCUGCCAUUGGCUGCUACAGUUCUACAAUGAGUCUUCAAGCUACCCGGACCAGAGACUCAAGUUCACAGAGAUGCUUACUACACUGCUUGGCGCUGUCACUAGGCUCUUUGACCAAUCGAUCCCAGACAAGAUAUCGCACUCUGCCGCCCACCUUCUGUCCUCCCUGGUGUCCACAGUACGUCCCAACUUCCUACUACAGGUUCCCUGCAUACAGGGGCUGUAUAACUCAGCUAGUCAAGGCGUGUAUAGGGGCUGCAUUCAGGAGAUCCAGCUGCUGUUAUACCGCUCCCUCAGCCUGUACCUUCUGUUGCCAUGGAACAACGUGCCUGAUGCUGAGCAGGACUGGGCGAGCCGUGCCUCGCAUCAUCAGACAUUCUGCCACCAGAUGGCAGCUCCACUACUCCACUUGAAGGACACGUCCAUGCUUAUAAAUAACAAGGUGGCACAAGAGGAAGCCAAACCAGUGUUGCAUACCUGUCUGCGCCUCCUUGUAGACUGGGUGGAGGGUGUGUCGGGUGAGGUAGUCAAGGCCAAACAGAUCUGCUACCAGUCCAUGGCCGACAUCGUCAAUAUCACACUCAAUGUAUUCCCAGUGUUCAUACAUCAGCCUGAGGUGCUAGAGGAUAUCCUGGCAUUUUUCCUGGCCCUGUUCCAGUCUUGUAGGGUCCAGAUGGGAAUCCCCUUCACUGAGCAAACCAUCCAGACCUUCAUGGCCCUCUUCAACAAGGAGCAGCUUGCUGAGACUUUGAGUCAUGAGAGUGGGGCUGCACACAGGGUCAUAGAGAAAUUCCUGAAGAUCUUACAGAUCAUUGUCCAGGAGCCUGGGGCCUCCUUCAAGAGAUUUCUACCCAGCAUCAUCAACAUCUGCAUUGAGUACAUCUACCCUGUCCUGGCACAGCGUCCAUCCCCAGAUAUGAAGCAGGUGCUCUAUGAGCUACUCCACGAGCUGCUGAUGAACAACUGGCGCUACUUCUUUAAGGGCUCCGUCCUAACAGCCCUCAACAGCAAGGAGGAGACCCUGGAGAAUGAACAGCAGUUUGUGGCCAUCAUGCAGUCCUAUGGCCAGUCAUUUCUUCAAACAGAUAUUACAGUGUUUAGACAAAACCUUGAGUCCUUAGAAAAACUCAACUCCAAAUGGAGACUUUAUAAAAAGCCAAUAUUCUACAGCGGAAUGCAGACGCAGUUCAUGAACGUGUUGCUGCAGGUGCUCGUUCACAAGUCACAUGACCUCCUGCAGGAAGAGAUAGUGGUCACAGUGUACAACAUGGCGUCUGUAGACUUUGACCGGUUCUACGGAGAGUUUCUGCCACAGUUCCUUACAGGCUGUGAACGGCUUGAUGGAACACAGAAGAAUAUGCUGACAAGCAACUUUAAACCAGAAAAGGACCUGCCCACAUUCACACAGAGUCUACAGAGGUUUGUGAACGACCUGCGCUACUACCGUCUGCUCAAUACCGGUCUGCCAGAGGGCUCUGUGCAAUUCUCUUGAUGAAAAGUGCUGCUAGAUACCUUGUACUUAAUUGUUGAAUUUUGUUUUGUUGAUAUUAAAUUUUGUUUUCGGAUACAUAAAACUUAUGCUUGACAAAUUUGUUAUUUGAAAUAUUCCUGCUAAAGAAGUUUUAUGGGCAUUGAAUUUAAAUACAAAUAGUGUUAUUUUUAAUAAAUCAUGUUUAAAUUAGGGAUAGUAGUGCUUAACUAAGAACUGCUUUUUAACCAGGUUUUCCAAAGGAAAAAAAACAAGUUAUUAGAUUGGCGAAUGUCUGCGGGCGGGCUGGCGGGCGGGCGGAACAAGCUUGUCCGGGCCAUAACUUUGUCGUUCAUUGUGAGAUUUUAAAAUCAUUUGGCACAUUUGUUCACCAUCAUUAGACGGUGUGUGGUGCGAAAGAAUUACAUCGAUAUCUCCAAGGUCAAGGUCACACUUUGAGUUCAAAGGUCAAAAAUGGCCAUAAAUGAGCUUGUCCGGGCCAUAACUAUGUCAUUCAUUGUGAGAUUUUAAAAUAAUUUGGCACAUUUGUUCACCAUCAUUGGAUGGUGUGUCGCACAAAAGAAUUACGUCAAUAUCUCCAAGGUCAAGGUCGCCACAACUAAAAAUAGAUUUUAUGUUGAAACAAAGUUUGAGUUGUUUAUCAGACUUAAAAAAAAAAUGAAAACCUGUUUUUUGACAAUUUUGUCCCUUGUUUAAACUUUAGUUUUCAUUAUUAUAUUAAAAAGUUUAAUUUGUUGAGCUAAAACAUUUUUAUCAAACAUACCAAGUGUUGUAACCAAUAUUGUUGUUUGCUUACUGUUCAGCAUUAUUUGUUUAUUAUCCCCUGCCAUAGGCGGAUGGAUAUUGUUUUGGCGUUGUCCGUCCGUCUUUCCUUCCGUCAGUCUUUCCGUCCGUCAGGAGCCAUAUCUUGGAAGUUCUUUGGCGGAUUUCAUUAAAACUUGGUAUGAGUAUAUUUAUGGAUAAGAUGAUGAUGCACGCCAAAAGGUAUUGUACACCAUCUGUUAAUAACGGAGUUAUGGCCCUUUGUAUUUUGAAAAAAUGCUUUUUUGAGUGUCAAAUAUAACACUUUUGUGUCCAGAAGCAUAUUGGCGGGGAUAUCAGUUCAACGAAUUUGCUUGUUAUUAAUGAAUUGCACUGUUUUUAUAUUGCAUAUUUUAAGUUAAAAAAUUAAGUAACUGAUGGCAAUAUGUAGUACCUGUGUUGCCCAUAUGAACGAGUCUGCAACUGAAGUCUAUUCUGUCGUUUGACUACUGUCUGCCUCAGUAAAACAUAGCAUAAUUCAGAACAUUCACCAUAAACUAAUAUUGUAAUAUUUUAUAUAAGUUAUUAUAUCCCCGAGUGCGGGGGGGGGGGGGGGGGAGUCACUAUGUGUAGAUUUGGUUGUGGAUCUGUCCGCAUAACAUGUUUUACGUUUUUGGAGAGAACUACUUUGACAUUUCUCAAGCCUAAAAUAGAAAUAAAUAUUAUCAUCAAGUAGAAGUGCAAGACACUUUAAUUGCACGUGAUCCAAAUAUUCCUGAGUUACAUGUCCUUGAACAUAGCAAUACUGGAGUAUCAGUUUUGUUGGUGGUACAAGUUCGAGCAUCAGCUGCAGGUUUCAAUAAUCAAGUUGACAAAACAACUUCCAAUUCGCUUAAUUUUGUAUUUGAUCAGCGUUCUGAGAAAAUAGGGCUUUAUACUUUUGCGUUAAGUAUCAUGCCAGAUUAACCUGUGCAGUCGGCACAGGCUAAUCAGGGACGUCUUUCAGCUAUCAUGUUUUUUCCUUUAAAGAAAGCCUCUCCUUAGAGCAAAAUCUAGUUAAGACAAAAGUGUCGUCUCUGCAAAGGCUACUCUGGUACUUUACGAACUUGCAUUAAACCCCGUUUUCCAAGAACAUUAAUCAUUUUGUAUGUUAAUUGAAUCUCAUUUUGUUGAUAUCUUGUAAGCAUAGUACUGAAAGGAUAACUUGCAAACAAUAUUUCAUUAGUUUUUUUUUUGCGUAGCGCUGUUCUACAAACUAGCCAUCUUAUUUAUAACAUAGGAGCCGUGUCAAGCCUAAAGGCGCUUUAUGUCAAAUAUGACCGGCGUUGCUCCAGACCAGUCUGCCCAUCCUAUCAGUUUGCUUAAGUGCUACCCUAACGACAAAACACAAUCCUAUGAGACUUUGUGGCAGACAGGGUAACUCAUGGACAAACUACGCAAAUGCACGCCACGGUUUUGGCUUCACUGGCAGCAUUUGACAUAAGAUCCACUUUCGCAUGAUGCGGCUAAUAUAUAGAUUAUUUUGCAUUGCAUCAACCUGUAUUUGUGUGCAUUUGCAAGUACAUUUAUAAUAAUGAGUGCUUCUUGUUUUGAUGUGUUUAAAUAAAUCAGUAUUGUUAAUAUUAGUAUAUUAUAUUAUGAGAUAUUAAAAAUAAAAACGUGAUGCCAUA